AUGGUGCUUUCUCAGAAAAUUCACGAUGCUUUCAAGGGCACAGUGGAGAGGAUUACGAGCCCUCGCACUGUCUCGGCCUUCAAGGAAAAAGGUGUGCUUAGUAUCAAUGAAUUUAUCGUCGCUGGCGAUAACCUUGUCUCCAAGUGUCCGACCUGGUCCUGGGAAUCGGGUGAGCCAAGCAAGAGGAAGUCAUAUCUACCCCAAGAUAAGCAAUUCUUAAUAACUAGAAACGUUCCUUGUCUGCGAAGAGCUGCGUCAGUCGAAGAAGAAUAUGAAGCUGCCGGGGGUGAAGUUCUUCUUGAUAAUGAGGAUAACGACGGAUGGCUGGCAACUCAUGGGAAGCCUAAAGAUACCAAGAGUGACGAGGAUGAAAAUCUACCUUCCAUGGAGACACUAGAAAUCAGCAAGAGAAACACAAUCCAACCAAUCUCGUCAUACUUCGGAGGUGAGGAAGAGAAAGAGGAAGAGAUUCCAGAUAUGACAGAAUUUGAAGAUGCUGAUAACGUUGUUGAGAAUGAUGAUCCUGCAAUACUUCCGACGACGUACCUCAUGGCUCACGAGCCUGAUGAUGACAAUAUUCUAAGAACUCGAACAUAUGAUGUUAGCAUUACGUAUGACAAGUACUAUCAAACUCCUCGUGUAUGGCUCACUGGAUAUGAUGAGUCGAGGAUGCUUUUGCAACCAGAACUUGUUCUUGAAGAUGUUAGUCAAGACCAUGCACGCAAGACUGUGACAAUUGAGGACCAUCCGCACUUGCCUGGGAAACAUGCUUCUGUCCAUCCUUGCCGUCAUGGGGCUGUGAUGAAGAAAAUCAUUGAUGUUUUGAUGUCACGAGGUGUUGAGCCAGAAGUUGACAAGUACCUCUUCUUAUUCUUGAAAUUUGUGGCGUCCGUGAUUCCAACCAUUGAAUAUGAUUACACAAUGGACUUCGACAUGGGAAAGGGCAUUACCAAAUGCAUCCUGCUUUCAUUUAUGCACGGCACCUCAAUUAGUGUUGUUCCGUUGAGUGUGAAGCUAAAGCUGUUCCCUGGAGUAUUUCAAUGUUGUUGCAUAUUGCUCUGCGGUUCUUAUCCUUCUCUUGCAGCCGAUUCAUCUUAUGAGUGUGUAUACACACUCUACGUUCAAACAGGCUCAGUCGUAAGGGCCGGAACGGACUCCAAAAUCAGUGUCGUGUUGGGCGAUCCCAAAGGAAAUUCUGUUUGGAUUCCUAAUUUGAAGGGAUGGGGCCUGAUGGGCCGAAGCCAUGACUAUUUCGAAAGGGGUAAUUUGGACAUUUUCACUGGUCGAGGCCCGUGUAUGGAAUCGCCUGUUUGUAGGCUCAAUUUGACAUCUGAUGGAUCGGGGACCCAUCAUGGGUGGCUCAAUUUGACAUCUGAUGGAUCGGGGACCCAUCAUGGGUGGUUUUGUGAAUAUGUUGAAGUGACUUCUACUGGGCCUCACCGAGGCUGUAGCCAGUCCAUUUUCUACGUGGAUCAAUGGUUGGCUACUGAUACGCCUCCGCAUCAAUUGACCACGGUCCUUGAUGGGUGUAGAUUGGAUGACCAGUUGGAAUCUGGGCCUUUUGUUGUGGCUAAGGGUAGCCCAUUGGGUCAGCUUCGGAUGAUUGAAUGCUACCUUCAGGGGUUUGUGAUCUACCGUGUACGUGUGAGGCGGGGUGGAAGGAAGAGGCCAGUUCCCAAGGGUAUUGUGUACGGUAAGCCUACAAACCAGGGUGUUACUCAACUAAAAUUCCAACGCAGCAAGCGCUCAGUUGCAGAGGAGCGUGCUGGAAGGAAACUUGGUGGUCUUAAGGUUCUGAAUUCGUACUGGAUCAACGAGGAUUCGACUUACAAGUACUUUGAGGUAAUAUUGGUUGAUCCGGCUCAUAAUGCAAUCAGAAAUGACCCAAGGAUCAACUGGAUCUGCAAUCCAGUUCACAAGCACAGGGAGCUUCGUGGCCUCACCUCAGCUGGAAAGAAGUACAGAGGUCUCCGUGGAAAGGGCCACUUGAACCACAAAGCACGCCCCUCUAGAAGGGCUACCUGGAAGAGGAACCAGACCCUUUCCCUUCGUCGUUAUCGUUGA